GCUCAAGCAUAUCAUGUAAAUUUUCCUCUGGUGUUGAAGAUAAGAGACGCAUGAGAACGACACACAUGGCUGGCCCCUAGAGACGGCACAUGGCUCAAUGUCACUUCACAAAGCUGCUGCUGAUACUUUAGUGGCGCAGAAGCUACCAUCGGAGUCACACAUUUGCUGCUCAAAGAUGCUGCUCCGGGUUUUUUUGACGUGCCUUUUGGUGUCCCAGUCUGUUAGUGGGCUACCGAAAUUGGCCUCCGUUCAGGCUGCGGCGGCGCGGUCGUCCAGUGACGCUGCCGUCUCGGGACCGAUUGACGACCUGCUGAUUGCCCUGCUGGAGCAGCUGAGGAGCCUCCUUCCCGAGCCGCUGCCGCUGGGAGACCUGGCCAUCGACGUCGACUCACCGUCCACGAUCAUCCACGCCAACAUCACUGAUGCCGUGCUGCACAACCUCUCGACGUUCAUCAUCGACAACGUGCACGUGAACAUGUUCACCCUGAAGGCUGCCGUCGCCCUGAGCCUGCCGACGCUGAGCCUGGACUGCAACUACUACAUCGACAGCAGGAGCGUGCUCGCCGAGCUGUUCCCGCUCUACGGAGGAGGCCCGUGCAGCGUGGCUCUGGGAAAUUUGGCCGCCUCCGUCGACGCUGACCUGAAACACAACCGAUCCGACGGCAGCGACCACUACCAGAUCGAGGCGCUCGACUUCAAUCUGCACUUUGACACUCUGGACAUCCAGAUCCACAACCUGUUCGACAACGACGAGCUGGCCACUGUGAUUGACGAGUUUGCCGAUGACUUUGGCCCGCUGCUGGUGGAUAUUUUGGUCAACGACACCCGUCGCGACCUGUUGCCGACCAUCAUUGACGAGCUGAACGACCUGCUCUGGAACGCGUCGCUGCCCCUCGCUGAGACUCCGGCCGUCAAACACUUCCAGCGCUGGACCAGGACGGCCCCGUCGACAAACGUGCUCAAGCUGACCAGCUCAGCCAACGCCAACUCCUUCUUCGACAACAUCAUCCCGAACCUGCAGACGUUCAUCGUCACCAACAGCCUGGACCCGAUGCCGCUGCCGGAGAUGGAUGCUGAGAUCCUGGGAAAUACCGGCGUGAAGCUGUAUAACGGCUUUGUGAACGGCCUGUCGUCUGUUCACCGCACGGCCGACGCCCACCUGGUCUACGACGAGGUCGAGUGGCUGUCAGUGGACGGCGGGCUCGGCUUCGACGAGCUGGUGGCCGGCUACAGCCUCAAGAUCGAGGUGUUCGGCAUCGGACCGCAUGUCUCGGCCGAGAUCCAUCUAACCGGGACGAAGGCCGAGUUCCAGGCGCAGAUCUCCUCUCAGGACCUGGCUAUCGAGCUAGGAAAGCUGCGAGUCUCCGACAUCGGGAGUAUCAGGGUGAUCAUCCACGGUCUGAGCCUGUUCGGGUGGCUCAUUGACCCCAUCAUCGACCUCAUCAUCAACCUGUUCCGGGGCCCGAUCGCCGACGCCAUAUCGGACGCCAUGUUCAGUGCCGUCAACGACAUGCUCUCAGAAAUCGACCUCCUGGCCAUGCUGGAAAACCUCUAAAUGAUGACAGGAUGGCAGGACCGUGAUGAAUCACAUGUGAAGAUUUCGACAAUAAGUGCAGUACAUUUAUAAUCAUAUAUGAUUUGUCUAGUUAUUUACUAUUCAUGCUUGCCAAGAUACGUUGUCCAGGAAAUGAAAUGCAUUGAUAUUUGGUGUGUUAAAUGAUAUUUAGAUACGUCCCGACCAAGAAAACCAAAAUAAGACCAUCCCGAGGACUAUGAACUGAAAAGAUGGCGCUAACAUGGACUAAGCGACCACCCAGUUUGUGCUCAGCCGCGCGGGUCAGCCCGUCCUGAACGUCGAGCUACGGAGCCGCGGCACUGUCGCCCAGAUGUGAGCCUUUUCUGUCGUUCACCGGGGACCGUAUAAGCCGGAACAAAGAAUGGUGAUACAAAUGGGAAAAGGGCACGUCCUCAAGUUAAAGAAGAUAGAUUUAGUGAUUGAAAAAAUAUGUCUGUUAGCGUUAGCGCCACUCUCGGAAUAAAUCGGAUAUAAAUUA